AAAAAAUGAUCACACUCUCUCUUUUGUACACGUUUGAUGGAUCGCGCCGUUUGUUUUUUCAUUCGAAACCUGUACUUUCCUGACGAGGCUGAAGAGUCAGUGUUCUGUGUUGAGUUUUGUGAAGAGUUGUUGAGUCUGAAUAUUAUAUCAAUUUCUCGUGCAAAAUAUAAACCUCGGAGGAAAUGGAUGCCCAAAACCUUCCGUACGUGGCCGAAUACGCCAAAAGUGGUCGUGCGUCGUGUAAACUGUGUAAAAACAAAAUUGAUAAGGACGUGCUCCGCCUUGGGGCGAUGGUCCAGUCGGCUUUCCACGAUGGCAAGCAGGCACAGUGGUACCAUGACAAGUGCUUCUUCCAGAAAUUACGACCGACUACCGAGGGUGACAUCGCCCACUUUGAAGGGCUCCGUUAUGAGGACCAAGAGGAGCUGCGGAAGAAAAUCGCCGCCCUGGGAAGUGGGGUGGUUGCGGCGCCAGCCGGAAAAGGAAAGGGUAAGAAGCGUACCGCCGAACAGAGCAUGGCUCUGAAGGAUUUUGGGGUAGAGUACGCAUCAUCCGGUCGAGCCAUGUGUCGCGGAUGCGAAAUAAAAAUCCUGAAGGAUGAAGUCCGUAUUAAGAAGGUGGACUACACAACGGAGGUCGGAAUGAAGUACGGCGGCCAAGCGCUAUGGCAUCAUGCAGAGUGCUUUUCAAAGUUGCGAUCCGAAUUGGGGUACUACGAAAAAGGAGAAUCGCUUCCUGGAUUCGGCAACCUUAAGAAGGAGGACAAGGCAAAGAUAAAAGAGCUUCUACCGGCAGUCAAACAAGAGGAUGUUCCAGUCAAGAAGGUCAAGUCCGAAGUAAAGGACGAAGUGGACUCUGCCCAGGAUGUCAUCGAUGAAAAACUUUACGCUCAGCAACAGAAAGCGUUCUUCAAAAUUCGCGAUAAGAUUAAGGCAGAUGAAAUGAAGAAGAAUGAUUUGAUUGACAUUCUGUCCCGUAACAAACAGGCCAUACCGGAGGGUUACGACGCCUGCUUGGAACGCGUAUGCGACAUUUUGACCUUCGGGGCACUUAAGCCAUGUCCCAAAUGCCAAGGACAAUACGUUUUGCAAAAAUCUGCAUACAUGUGUGAAGGCAACCUUACGGAGUGGGUGAAAUGUUUGAAUACUGACAAGGCGCCACCACGUGUUCCGACAAAGGUUCCAUCUGAGCUGAAGAAAGCUUUUCCAUUCUUGGAAAAGUACAAAUCUGUGGUCAGUGUGAGAGUCAUCAAAUACGUACCGCCAAGUCUGAACACGACCAUGAAGAAAGUAAAGAAGGAGGAAACUGAAGAACCAAAAGUAAAGCGUGAGAAACCACCACUGUACGAACUACAAUUUGUCAUUAUUGGCAAAACAGAAACCCAUAAAGACGAACUCAAGGAUAAGAUUCAGAAGCUAGGCGGUAAGGUAAGCACCAAAAUCACAAAUACGACAGCCGCUAUCAUCUCCACAGCCCAUGAGGUUGAGCGGAUGGGCUCUCGUAUGCAAGAAGCAAAAGAUCUGCAAAUCCAAGUUGUUCCGGAAGAUUUUCUAGAGGAUGCCAAAGGCGGCGGUGCUUUGUCGUACAUAACCAGCAAAUCGAUUUGUGACUGGGGUUCGGAUCCGCACAGUCGCAUCCCACAGGACGAAGAAAAGUCCAAAUCGAAGAAGAGCAUCUACACUAAAUCGGUCCCAUCGAAGAUGACGCUCAAGCUCAAGGGUGGCUUGGCCGUCGAUCCUGAUUCCGGUCUAGAUGACGUGGCCCAUGUGUACAAAAAGGACAAAGAGGUGUUCAACUGUGUACUUAACAAAGUCGACAUUCAAUCGGACAAAAACUCGUACUUUAAGAUGCAGAUCCUGGUUGCAGAUAAGGGCAACAAGUUCUGGUUUUUCCGCUCAUGGGGUCGUAUCGGUACGACCAUCGGUGGUAACAAGGUGGAAAAUUGCGAUACAUUAUUGGAUGCGAUGAAUUCUUUCGAGCACCAUUUCGAGGAUAAAACCGGUAACAAUUGGACCGACUACCGCCAUGGUUCUUUCCAUAAGCAUGCGGGAGCCUAUUACCCGGUGGAUAUUGAAUACAAUAAUGAGGAAACCAAAUCGUUGGCCGAAAACAGUAAUAUUAAAUCCAAGCUAGAGCCAGCAGUACAGGACCUGGUGCGAAUGCUCUUCGACGUGGAUAUGAUGAAAAAGGUGAUGUUGGAGUUUGAGUUGGACAUGGAGAAGAUGCCACUGGGUAAACUUUCGCAAAAACAGCUGCAAUUGGCAAUGAAAGUUCUUACUGAGAUAUGCGAUUUGAUUUUGAACGGUGGAAGCAAUCCUCAAUUCAUCGAUGCUUCGAAUCGCUUUUACACGUUAAUUCCACACAACUUUGGGGUGGAAACUCCAACGGUUCUGGACACAGUCGAACAAAUCAACGAAAAGCAGGCAAUGCUGGACAGCUUGAUGGAGAUUGAAAUUGCUUACAGUUUCUUGAAAACGGACACGGAUGUCAAAAAGAACCCGUUGGACGCCCAUUACGAGCAACUCAAAACGGAGAUGGAAACGAUCAAACGCGAUUCAGAAGAAUUCAAACUGCUCCAACAAUACGUCAAGAACACCCAUGCCGAAACGCAUACGGCGUACGAAUUGGAGAUUGAGGAUAUUUUCAAAAUCAAACGAAAGGGAGAAGAUCGCCGGUACAAGCCGUUCAAAAAGCUGCAUAAUCGCAAACUUUUGUGGCACGGUUCUCGUUUUACCAACUUUGUGGGUAUUCUGUCCCAUGGUCUGAAAAUUGCCCCACCGGAAGCGCCAGUUACGGGUUACAUGUUCGGUAAAGGUAUCUACUUCGCGGACAUGGUUUCAAAGUCGGCCAACUACUGUUGUACCAGUCCAUCGAACUCGACUGGGCUCAUGCUGCUGUGCGAAGUGGCGUUGGGUGAUAUGGUCGAGUAUAAGCAGGCACACUACGUUACCAAGUUGCCGAGUAACAAGCACAGCACCAAGGGUGUCGGUCGCACCCAACCGAACCCGAAGGAGGCCCAUAUCCGCGAGGAUGGUGUAGAAAUUCCGCUGGGUAAAGGCACUACACAAGAUCCAAAAAUGAUGACCUCGCUGCUGUACAACGAGUACAUUGUGUACGAUGUGGCCCAGGUUAACUGCCAGUAUCUUUUCAAGAUGAACUUCAAGUAUAAGUAUUAAGAGUGUCGAAAGAAUCAGGUAAGUCAAUCUUCGCUCCCAAAAUUUCCAAUAUGAUAUUUGUUCCUAAAUGCCUAAGAAGUACAACAUAACCGAUUUGAAAUCAUAUGAACGUUCCGUGAACAUUUUUACUUGUUUCGUCGUGGAAUUAUUUGUUAUCUUUUAAUCGACUAUAAACAUUCAGUUCUGCUUAUCACA